AUGGAUUUAAUACGAAAUACCUGUCCCCCUGAGUUAAAUAUUGGUCCAGAUUCCACAUGUACUGUAGUUGGUCAAACACCAAACAAUUUACACAGUCCUUCAACCUUAUCGUCAGUCGCUUCUACACUUACUGCACAGACUGCAGUAUCAGGCGGUUCUAUGAAUAUCCUGUCAGCUGUUGUUUCUGUUGCACGUAGACGUCAUGCUACCUCGUCUAUUCCUGAUGUGACUGCUAGCAGUAGUAGUAGCAAUAAUUUCUGUAAUCCUUCUCAUAUUAAUUCAGAACUCAAAGAAAAUAAGAAUAUUAAUAAUUUCCUACGGUUGUUUCAGGACUGUGGACGUAUCCCACCUCUUACGGCUGCCGCUAAUCCUCACUUUCCCAUGUUGACAUUUUACAUCGCUAUGUAUAUUGAAAUGUUCAGCUUACCCUUUAGAGCUUGGCAAGAAGGCUCUAAGUGUUGCACAGCAAAUAAGGAGUCAGAUCCAACAAAAUCUUUGUUGUUAAAUAACGACACUGGACAAAAAUUCCCUCACCCAAAUUCAAGUAUUGCAUCCAGUGAAACCACUUUAGUCAAUGAGCAAUUAUCAAAACGACUACAACGCUAUUCAGCUAUCAAACAAGCCUGCCGUCAUCUUCAUACAAUUUCUACACCUAUAUUAUUCUGUCCUAAAACACGUUCAAAAAUUGUACAGCUAAUGAAAGAGGAAGAAAAUGCUAUGAAAAGAACAGCUCAGUUAUACUUUAGUACUACUGUCAAUCGUCGAUGUUGUCAUCGUGGUCAGUGUUCUGAUGCAUCACGUAGGUCUUCCAGUUCAGUGAAAAACGGAUAUUCCAAUGUUAUCGACAUACCUGAUUAUCCUGUGACAAAAUUUCUAGAAGACUUAUCGUGUCUCGCUCAAAAAAUACCACUUUUUUCUCGAGGCUAUUUGUGCUGCUUUCCUGUUACAUGCCAUGUUAGCUUGUGUCUACGGCCAGAUCAGGUAUUUCACCAUCUCAUAGAAGAACACGCUUCUUACGGUGUAGACAUUGUGCGCAUGAGCAGAAGUGAAUGUUCUAUUGCUCAAACAAAUCCACCGUAUAACAAACAUUUAUCAUAUAAUUUUGCUUUAGUUGAACAAUGUCAUCCUGGGCAAGAAUCUUCAUUCAGAUCCAGUUCAGAACAUCAACCAAAAUAUCAGCCGUCUUCAAACUUCAGAACAUUUUCUGAAUCACAUUCUAUUUCAACCGGCAGCAAAGAACAAUCAUCUAAAUAUUCAGCUUUGGGAAUAGCUAAUGCACAUCAUAUCGUUGAGGACCUAACUAAACUUGAUAGAAAUUUUCCCAUUCCCAUUCAUUACCACAACCUUAUUCAGUUACAGGCAUCGUUAUCACCAAUCGAUGGGUCUAUUACUAAUCGACUACUUCACUUGAUUGUAUAUUUAAUUGUUUUAGACUCAAAGCAUGAAUUCCCCGAGUUCAGACUUGCAAAACUCAAUUCAGGUUCUUGUAUACAAUGUCCAGUUGAUUGGCCAGCUGUUCCUCCAUGUUUGGACCCCUGUUCAUUUUCCCAUCAGUUACAUUCGUUUCAUCGAAGUCCUAAAUCAUUUGGUAUUGAGGAUACGGAUAUAUCAAGUUUGAUAGCAGAACCAUUUUUUCAGAACUUUAGUAUACCCUUGACAACCAAUAAUAGCGAUCAAAAAAUCUCGAAGCAUUCUGAAAAUACUUCCGAUAAUGACAUACGAUGGCAUAUGUCUUAUUUGAGCAUGUGUCCAUCACAUCAAGUUCAAUUACUCCGUGUACUUAGAAUAUCUCAGUCGAUUCUGGAAUCGCGUAUUACACAGCUAAUUGCUCGUUCUGGUGUAGACUGUCAUAAAAACUUGCUCUGGUACAAGCUAUUCGAUACUAAUUCUUCAUUGGCCACACAAAUUCUCUCAACUAGCGGUCAGUCUUUGUCUCAAAAUACUGUUGACUCUAAUUGUCAAAUGGAAAAGACACCGUCUAUUAAUUUAGGCGCUAAUUCAAAUCCGGUAGACAGCUAUGUAUGUCCUGUUCUCAAUCAUCAAAGUUUGUCUAUGCGUGAAAUUGAAGAACUUGUCGAUUCUGCACCAUUUCAACUGGAUAUUCUACGUUUGGAUCCUCGUCUACAUGAAUUAUUCAAAGUUGGUGCAUGUCAUUUAAAUACUAUCAGUGUGCUGUUAAACAGGGAAUUUGUUAACUCACAACAAAAUAGCCAUCAUCAAACUGAUCAAAUGAAAAUGAACACUAAUCCAAAAUUAUAUAAAUGUUCUACAUCGGAAACCAUAUCAUGUAUCGCCUAUAGAUUUAGUCAUUCCAUUGAAGAUAAGAUGGAUAAUGGAUCAGACGGCCACGGGGAAUGUCGUCAAUGUCUAAAAAAUUAUAUGGUCCUGCUAUCACCGUCUUUCACCGAAGGUCUUAUAUUUCUUAGCUGGUGUGAGACCAGUGAUAACUGCGUUCCCAGUGAAGGUUCUACUGUGCAUACAGCAAGUGGAUCGUCUACUGUCAUCAAAAGUGGUCAUAUUGAUGACCGUCGUGGUAAUAAAGACAAUUCAGCUACCACUCUGAGCGAUACUACACGUAUAACAAUGGCAUGGAACACAAAGAAAUACAAAGACUUUCAGUUCCGUGCAGUUUUUCGUGCUGUUGGUGAUCCUACUAACCCAUCAUCAAUGCGUAGACUGGUUGAUUCUGACAUUGAAAUACAAAACCUAUUCUUUAAGACAUCAACAUUAGCUUUGGUAGCUACCAAUCUUAUUGAAAAACUUAGUGUUUUAGUUUGGAGAACACUGCAUAAUUAA